AUGGCGAGCCCUAUGACGCCAUCACACGUUGUUAUUGCUUAUGAUGCCACCAAGGACCGCGGUGGGCAUGAGCUUAAGCUCACCAUUGAUGCUGUGAGGUUGAGGGGUGACAUUUUACGUGCCGGCGACACCAUUGUUGUGCUUGGAGUCUUGCACAGGGUGGUUCACCCAAUGGGAUAUCAAGCGAAACCAUACCCAGAAUUCUUUGGAACAAGCUUUCGUGCAGUGGAGGAAGAAGUUACAAAGAAAGUUGACAUGUAUGUUAACAUGCUUCUUGAAAGUGCGGUGAAGUGUGAAGAUUAUGGGGUAAUAUAUUCACCAAGUGCUAAGCAUUACUUUAUCAACAUUGAAGUCAAAGUUACUGCUGGUUAUCCCAUCAAGCAGGUUAUCUUGCAAGAGAUAAUGGCCUGUAACGCAGCUUGGGUUGUACUUGAUAGGCACAUUAGACGGGAUUUGAGGUUCUACCUUAAGCAGAUACCUUGCAAGGUUGCGUUGAUUCAAGAUAGCUUAGCUGUGGAAGUUUUGAGACUUCAUACAACAGAUGAUACUGAUACUAUAGAACAUAAAACAUUCUUUUCUUUGUCCAAGCCUGUUCCACUAUCAAUUUCUCAGGCUAAUGGAAUCUUUGAGCAUCAGUGUUCUACUUUUCAAUGUGUCCAGAAACGAAAUAAAAGUUUCUCACGCCAAAGAACCUCAUAUGCGCCAAUUCUUUGUUCCAUCUGUGGAACGAGGACUGAAAUGUAUAUGAAAGAUUCUAUGACAUUUAGUUACUCAGAGAUACAGAUUGCAACAAAGGAUUUUUCAAAAGAAAACUUAAUAGGAGAAGGUGGAUAUGGUCAUGUAUAUAAAGGUGAGCUCAAGGACGGACGGGAGAUUGCAGCGAAGGUGCGGAAAGAGGCAAGUAAACAGGGAUUCAACGAAUUUCACUCUGAGGUCUAUGUCUUGAGUUUUGCACGCCACAAAAAUAUUGUAAUGCUGUUGGGUUAUUGUUGCAAGGAAAACCAAAAUAUCCUGGUGUAUGAGUAUAUUUGUAACAAAUCUCUCGAGUGGCACUUAUUUGAUGAUGAAGCAGCAGUUCUUGAGUGGCACCGAAGGUAUGCUAUCGCCCUUGGAACUGCUAAAGGAUUACGUUUCCUACAUGAAGAAUGUCGUGGAGGUACUAUUGUUCAUAGAGAUAUGCGACCAAGCAAUAUACUGCUCACACACGAUUAUGUUCCAAUGUUAGGUGAUUUUGGCUUAGCAAAAUGGAAGACCAAUGAUGAUCCUGAAAGUACAAGGAUACUUGGCACAUUAGGCUACCUUGCUCCAGAGUAUGCAGAGAAUGGUAUUGUUUCUGUAAGAACAGACGUAUAUGCAUUUGGCAUGACUCUGUUACAACUCAUAUCCGGGCGCAAGAUUGUAGAUGGAAAAGGAGAAGAACAAGGUGAAUCCCUGCGGCAGUGGGCCGAACCAUUAAUCCAUAGCCUAGCACUACAUGAACUCAUUGAUCGUCGUCUUGGUGAUUCAUAUGAUACAUACGAAGUGUACCUUAUGGCUAAAGCUGCAUAUGUAUGUGUGCAAGAAAGUGCUGAGAAGCGUCCAUCAAUGGGAGUGGUUGUACGUAUACUCGAAGGAGAAAAUGACCAUUUCCACCACCUAGGAGAGCACUUUGUACCUCAUUAUGGGAAGUGA